AUGGAGUCGGAGGACGAGCUGUACGCGAGCUCGAGCGACCUCGGCUCAGACGUCGAGCUCACGGGGAUCAGCAGCGAGAACGUAGGUGGGACGGCGUUGUCUUUGCGGGCCGAAGCGGAGGAGUUCCGGCCGCGCCGCUCGGCCGUGGACGCCCUGGCGAGCACGUCGAUGUCCGGGGCUGCCGGCGACGACCCCGCGACCCCCGCGGCGCCCGUCCAGCCCGCGGAACCGCCCAAGGAAGACACCCCCCCCUCAGGCGGCUCCGGAUCCGGCAGCAUCGGCCGCCCGAUCCCGUCGGAGUCCCCCCUGCACCCGCACGUCGGGCAGCGCGACGGCGGGAGCCCCGGCGCCGGCAGCCCCGGCGACGGCGGCAGCGCGAGCGCGGGACUUCACAUGUUGCCACUCCCCCCCGCUGAGGCGCGCGGGCGCGCCGGGGCGAGCAGCGGCGCGGCGCCGCUGUCGUCCUUCGGCGGCGAGCUGUCCGCGGUCGGCCCCUCGAUCGAUCUGGCGACGGACUCGAGCGCGGAGGAGGCAGCGAAGGUGGAGUUCUUCCGCAGGUUGCGCGACAAGCAGUCGUCGCUGGGUCAGUCGCUGGGCGGGCCGGUCGCGGGCGGCGUGCUGGACUCGCAGGAGGGUCGCGGGGCGCGCAGCGCGCUGAUGGAGGCCAUCUCUGCGCUGGAGAAGGGCCGCGAGGGCGCGGCGGGGGUGACGUCGUCGCUGCCGCAGCCGCCGCAGGGGUACCUCGCGCACCCGGGCGAGGACGUGCACGGGCUCGACUCGGCCGGCGACGCCGCGGACAUCAAGGCCCUGCAGCGCCUGCACGACGCCGAGGUCUCGCGGCUGCGCGGGGAGCUCGAGGCCGCGCGGAAGAAGGCGUCCGACGAGGCCGCGGCGCGCAAGGCCGCGCAGGCCGAGGCGUCCAAGCUGCAGGCCGAGCUCGACGACCGCGACGCGAUGACGCGCGAGCGCUACGAGGCGCUGGUGCGGGAGCUCCAGCUCGACCUGAACCGCGCGACGGACCGCGUCAAGGAGCUCGAGGGGCGGGACCCGAAGACUCUGCUGCGGUCGAGUCAGGAGCAGGUGGUGCUGGGGCGGCAGGAGCUCGCGGACAUCCGCGCGGAGAUGGCGCAGCAGGAGAGGCUGCUCGAGGGGUACCAGGAGGAGAACGAGCGCGCGAUCCGCGAGGUGAAGGAGCUGCGGCAGCAGCUCGCGGAGAAGGACAAGCAGGUGGCGACGCAGGUGUCUCAGCUGGGGUUGGCGGCCGCGCAGAGCAUGGCGCAGGAGCGGCAGGUGCCCGGGACGGGCGCGCACCUCCGGGAGGUCCUCCGCAUGCAGGCCGAGAUCAACAGCGUGCGCGACGAGGCCUACACGCGUCAGAAGGAACUGCAACAGGAGGUUGAGGCGCUGCGUGGGCAGAAGCAGGAGCUCGAGCGCAUUCUUGCGGACUCUGACGCGCGGCGGGGCGACGCCGACGCGCGCGAGGCGGUGCUGCUCCGCGAGCAGAUCGCGCUCCUGCGCGAGGAGCACGCGGAGACGGUGCGGGACCUGCGCGAGCGGCUCGCGGGCGCGCUGGCGGCGGGCGGCGGCGGCGGCGGUGACGGGCUGCGCGAGUCCGGGGAGCUGAUCCGCGAGCAGGCGGAGACGAUCGCGGAGCUCGAGCGGCGGCUGCAGGAGCGGAGCCCGCUGGAGGCGCAGCGGGCGGCGGCGGCGCGCGUCGCGGAGCUCGAGGCGCAGGUGGCAGCGCUGCAGGGCGCGGUGCGCGGGGCGGCGCAGGGGGACGGCGACCGGGCGUACCUGGAGAUGCGCGACCGCGCGGCAGGUCUGGAGGCGCGGCUGCAGCGGGAGGUGGAGGCGCGGCGCGAGGCGGACGCGGCGCUGGCCGAGGCGCAGCAGGCGCGCCAGGCGGCGUCGUCGGCGCGGGUGCGGGAGCUCGAGAAGCAGCUGGACGACAACCGCACGACGUACGCGCAGAAGAUCCGCGCGCUCGAGCAGCGCGUGGCGGCCGCGGAGGGCAAGUCCCUGCGCGCGGCGUCGUCCGGCCGCGCGCUCAAGGCCGGCAGCGGCGACGAGCGCGAGCGCGAGCGCGGCGCCAAGGGCGCGGACGAGGCGCUGCGCGGCGAGCUGGCGCGCACGCAGGCGGCGUGCGAGGAGCUCCGCGCGCGCGUUUCGCGCGCCGAGGCCGCGGCGCGCUCCUUCGAGUCCCAGGCGCUCGCGCUCGAGGAGCACGCCGGCACGCUGCGCAAGGAGGUGGAGCGGUGGCAGGCCGAGAGCGCGAGCCUCCGGCAGCACGCGGCGCAGACGGACGCGGCGCUGCGCAACGCCGAGGGCCGCGCGCGCGAGGGCAACGCCGCGGAGCUCACGGACCUGCGCGCGCGCGUCGAGGCCCUGGCGCGCCGCGCGGAGGCCGCGGAGAUGGCGCUCGAGUCCACGCAGCGCGCGCACACCGCCGCGGUCGAGCGCGCCGCGCACCUGACGUCGGACCACGAGCGCCGCGUCGAGCGCCUCAUGGAGGACCACGCUGCCAAGGUUGCGGCCGCGCGCUCCGAGGCCGCCGCCGACGCCGCGCGCGAGUGGCGCGCGCGCGCGGUCGCGGCCGAGGAGCGGUGCCGCGAGCUCGACGUGCGCGUCCGCGACCUGGAGGAGGCGGCGCGCGCGCUCAAGGAGCGCGGACCCUUUUCGCCCAAAGCACAGGAGUUCCUGGCGCUGGAGCGGCGGAUCGGCGGCAUGGAGCGCGCGCAGCAGGAGAAGGAGAGGGAGUGGGCGGCGCUGCUGGAGGAGACGCGGCGCGUGAACGCGCUGCAGGCGGCGCUGGAGCGGCGGAAGUGGGAGGUGCAGUUGGAGGCCAAGGACGCCGAAGUGGGGCGGUACAGGGCCGAGCUGGACGGGAUCAUCGAGGCGGUGCGGGCGCUGCAGGCGGGCGCGGGCGCCGGGGGGCUCGCGGGGCGCGGGGCCGCCGCGAUGCUCGCGGGCGUGGUCGAGUGA